AUGGCAGAGUUCUGGCUGAUCUCAGUUCCUCUAGACAAAGCCAGUUUACAAUCUUUAGAAAAGCUCAAACAUGCUGCAGUGAAAUCCAACCUGGGUACCUGCUUCAGAUUCCACAUCCCUGAACUAAAGGUGGGCACACUGGAUGUGCUGCUUGGUGUAUCCGAUGAUCUUGCCCGACUGGACACCUAUGCAGAAGGUGUCAUGCGGAAGACCCGUCAGUGUAUGGCAGAGGUGAUGGAACAGUCCAGUGACAAGCUUUUGGAAAAUGCUCUGGCCAGUGGAGAGCUAAAGUCCCAUCACAAGAUCCCACAGUCACCUAUGCAAGUGUAUUUUCAAGCCUUGCGGGUGGACCUUGCUACAUAUGUGACAACGUUUCAGUGGGACAGAGCCAAGUACUCAACUGCUUUGCCUCUCAAAACACUGACUGAGAUUAUAACCAAGCAAGUUACCCAGGUAGAGACGGAGCUGAAGUCUCGAAGUGCUGCAUUCAGCAAUCUAAAAUCGUGUCUGCAAAGCCUCGAGCAAAAAACAGAGGGGAGCCUUCAUACACGUUUAUUGACUGGCAUUGUGAAAAAAGAGGACCUGGUCUUAAACUCUGAGUAUCUCACCACUUUACUGGUUGUGGUGCCCAGGGCGAGUGAAAGGAAGUGGGAGGACACUUAUGAAUCCAUGUCAGAGUUUGUAGUUCCUCGCUCCAGCAGGAAGUUGCUAGAGGAGGAGGAUGCUGGGAUUUUUACUGUGACGCUGUUCAAGAAAGCUGUCACAAAAUUCAAAGAAAAUGCCAAAUAUUACUGCUUCACAGUGCGAGAUUUUAACCUGGAAGAAGCAGAACAACAAAACCAAGAAAUAAAGCAUCUUAACAUGGACAAAAAAGAGCAGUGUGGAACUUUUGUGCACUGGCUAAAGGUGAAUUUUAGUGAAGUCUUCAUAGCCUGGAUUCACAUUAAGGCCCUCAGAGUGUUUGCCGAGUCUGUUAUCAGAUAUGGCUUACCAGUCAGUUUCCAGGCUCUUCUGCUCCAGCCCCAGAAGAAACAUGUAAAGAGGCUACGAGAAGAGCUCAACUCUGUAUUCAAACACCUGGACCCUGUGGCAGCAGCCAGCAAACAGGAUGUGGCAUUUGACAUCCCAGAGGUCAACACAGGACAGCAGGAUUACUACUCCUACAUAUGUUACCCCAUAAACAUUACCUUUGUGGACCCUAGCUAA